AUGUUUCUACUUAGAGCGCUUAUACCUUAUAUUUUAGUACUAACCCAAGCUAACGUAAAUAUUCGUAAAUCCGGUUGGCUGGACCGACUUGUGGAGUUCCACAGAUUCAACUUUAUAAAUGAUUUGCAAAAAAUUCCCGCGGUGCAGUUGAAAGCUGACAUCGUACCAGCCCCACCUGGCUACAUAGAUUCCGAGAAAUGGGACUUCCCCUCUGUGAUCCGUUUGCUCUCCCUCAUCAGGCAGAGCGAAGGUUUGGGUCCAGUAAGAAGGGCUAUACGUCAUGCUUUGCAGUCCACACGCCGCAUGGGCAUAAAGGAUAGUUUGAAGCUCUUUCCCAGCUUAAAAAAGCAUCUUCCCAAUGAUCUGUAUUACGAGAUAGAAGAAUCGGUGGAAUAUUACAAUGACGUGAAUACGCCAAAAUACAGUGAAAAUAAAACUUUGGAUGACGCAAUAAUCUUGGUCAGUAAUCCAGUGGAGGCUAGGCUACCGAGCGCCAUGAUAAGCGUUAAUUUGUUGAAGUUCGUAAAACUCGCAAUGGACGACAAACUAUUGUUUAAAUUUUGCAAAAGCCUUGGCUGCUGUGACUCGUGUUGUUUUCGGUACAUGGGCAACAAGAAAAGUAGUGUUUACGAAAAUGUAAAGACCGCCGCCGAAAAGUUUCAAGAAACAAUCGUUCCAGAUAGUGCUCAAAUACGUAGUAACUUAGAAACAGAUACGGAAACAGACAUUGUUAAGCCACUUGAAUCAGGAAGUAAAAUUCAAAAUGAUCCUGAACUUGAAGAAAUAUCUGGAAGUACUACUGAUAAAAUGGAUGUAGAUGGAUCAAAUCACUGUACUGCUAACAUUGCCAGUAAAUCUAUGGAAAAUAUGGAGAGUAAUGGCACUACAACUAAAGACAAAUCAAAUCCAGUCCAACCUUCAAUAGAUUUAAGCGACAGUAUGCCACCAAGUAAGAAACUCAAGUUAGAUGUUUGUGUCAGUUGCCUUGGGGUGUUGCAAGAUUCAUUUUGGGAUGAUACCUUUGCAAAAAUUAAAGAGGCUCUUGUGAAGAAAGGUUAUGAGUGUAAAACAUACACUUGUGGUCUCUCUGCUCCGAUAUCAACUAUUCUCCGUGAAAAAGUUAUUACUCUAAAAAUAGCUGAAGCUUUCUCCGACUAUGAUCCAAAUAUUUACACACAGUUAAAAGAUGCUUGGAAAAUGUCUUUCAGACAGAAAGUCAGUGAAUACAUUGAUAAAUCAUUUGACAUUGACUCUCCUCUGCUAAUCAUGGUACAUCUUGAUUACCCUGAUGAUUUACAGGAGUUAGAAGUUCUUAAAAAAGUGUCGCCCAUCCUCUUUGAAAAUAGAAACAGAUAUAAGAGAAGAUUUCCCACCGAAUUCACAAGGCAAUCCGUGGAACAGGCAUUAGAAGACGUAAAACUCGAAACGCUUAUGUCCUCUGGAGUCCAAAUGGAUGCACAUGGACAUGCGCAAUGCGUUAGCGUUGUGUGCGCCCACGCACCGGCUUAUUUGGGUGGGAGGUAUAUCAAAUUAAGCAGAAACCUACCACAAACGCCAUGGAUAUUAAAGAAGCAGAGAGUGCUACCAAAUUCAGUAGAGGAAAUUAUAUUUAAACCAUUAGCUAAAAUUUUCAAAUUCUCAGAUGGUGAUGUAGAAACUCGACUGAAGUUCAUAUCAGCCGGUCGAGAAGAUGUUGAUGUCAGAUGCCUUGGAGAUGGGCGGCCAUUUGCUAUAGAGAUUUCGGAUCCUAUAAGGCAAUUAACCAACGAAGAGCUGCAAUGCGCGUGCGCAGAAAUAUCCACAAGCGGAGAUGUAGUUGUCAAAUCGUUUUCAUAUCUUACAAAAGAUGACUUAAUUCAGCUAAAGAAAGGCGAAGAAACGAAAUGCAAGACCUAUGAAGCGCUUUGCAUAAAGUUAACACAUUCUAAAUUUGAUAAGGAAACAUCAGGCGAAGUCAAAGUGACUCAAGAAGAUAUAGAUUUCAUAAACACAUACAGAAAUACGGAGCCAACGGACCCAGUCAGAGUGAACAUAACCCAGAAGACACCCAUACGAGUGCUGCAUAGAAGGCCUUUACUCACCCGAACGAGGCAAAUUUUGGAUAUAACAGCGAAGACCUUGCCUGGGCACCCCCAGUUAUUCCUCCUUAGAAUACAAACGUCAGCGGGCACAUACGUCAAAGAAUGGGUGCACGGCGAACUAUCGAGAACAUAUCCGUCCCUCUCGCACGCACUGAGCGCUGACGUAGACUUACUAGCCUUAGAUGUGACGGAAGUGCAUUUACAAUGGCCACCAAUUAAAGGAUAG